UCUGUACAUGGCCCGGUGCUGGAAGGGCAGGGAACAACCGAUGUUGCUAUUUUGAAUAGAUUUUUCUUCCCCCCCCAUUUUUAUUUUUGCACAGAGAGUCUCAUGUCUAAUAUUUAGACAUGAUGAGCUUUGUGCAAAAAGUAACUUUGCUCAUUCUUGCCGUGUUUCAACCCUCAGUUAUCUUGGCACAACAAGAAGCUCCAGGAGGAUGUACCCAUCUUGGGCAGGUUUAUGCUGACAGGGAUGUUUGGAAACCAGAGCCAUGCCAAAUCUGUGUGUGCGACUCGGGAUCUGUUCUCUGCGAUGACAUAAUCUGUGAUGAUCAGGAGCUGGACUGUCCCAACCCAGAGAUUCCCUUUGGAGAGUGCUGUCCAGUUUGCCCACAAACAACACCACAACCUACAAGGACUCCUGGACCGGUCCACCGUGGCCCCAAAGGAGAUCCUGGUUCUCCUGGGAUUCCAGGCAGGAAUGGUGCCCCUGGCCCUCCAGGACAGCCAGGGAGUCCUGGAGCCCCUGGUCCCCCUGGGAUCUGCCAGUCGUGUCCCAGUAUAAGCGGAGGUAGUUUUUCUCCACAGUAUGAUUCCUAUGAUGUGAAGGCCGGUGGAGCUGGUAUUGGUUACCCACAGCCCAUUACCGGCUUUCCAGGACCCCCUGGCCCCAGUGGCCCCCCUGGCCCACCUGGUCAUGCAGGUCCCCCUGGCUCUGCUGGAUACCAAGGCUCCCCUGGAGAACCAGGGCAACCUGGCCCUCCUGGACCUCCAGGACCUGUUGGAAUGAUAGGCCCAGUUGGUCCACCAGGAAAAGAUGGAGAACCAGGAAGACCAGGCAGAAAUGGAGAUCGUGGAAUCCCUGGAUUACCGGGUCACAAGGGACACCCUGGAAUGCCUGGAAUGCCUGGGAUGAAAGGUCAACGAGGUUUUGAUGGAAAAGAUGGCGCCAAAGGUGACAGCGGUGCUCCUGGUCCAAAGGGUGAAACUGGUCUUCCUGGAGCAAAUGGCGCACCAGGCCAGCCAGGACCAAGAGGUCCAGCUGGUGAAAGAGGAAGACCUGGGAAUCCUGGUGGCCCUGGUGCCCAUGGCAAAGACGGAUCUCCAGGAGCAGCAGGCCCACCUGGUCCCCCAGGUCCCCCUGGAACUGCAGGAUUUCCAGGCUCUCCAGGUUUUAAGGGUGAAACUGGUCCUCCUGGUCCUGCUGGUUCUAGUGGUAGUCCUGGAGAGAGAGGGGAACCUGGUCCUGCAGGUCAUGCUGGGCCACCUGGUCCUCAGGGCCCUCCUGGAAGAGCUGGAAGCCCCGGCAACAAGGGUGAAAUGGGACCUGCUGGUAUUCCUGGUGCUCCUGGUCUGCCAGGAGGCCGUGGUCUUCCUGGUCCUCCAGGUACCAGUGGAACCCCUGGAGCAAAAGGCAGUCCAGGAGAACCUGGUAAGGAUGGUGCAAAGGGAGAACCAGGCCCAAAAGGCGAGCGUGGUGAAAAUGGCACCCCAGGUGCUCCUGGACCUCCUGGUGAGGAAGGCAAAAGAGGUGCAAAUGGCGAACCUGGCCAGAAUGGCGUACCUGGUACACCUGGAGAAAGGGGCUCCCCCGGUUUCCGUGGCUUACCCGGUAGCAAUGGACUUCCAGGUGAAAAGGGUCCUGCAGGUGAACGUGGUAGCCCAGGUCCUCCUGGCCCCAGCGGGCCCGCAGGAGAGCGUGGACAAGAUGGAGGCCCAGGUCUUCCUGGAAUGAGA